AUGGCUACUGCUGUUCCUGAUUACUUUUGCCAUAAAUGUCAAGUCCAUAUCGGACACGUUACAAAUUUCCAAUGUCCACAUUGUAGAGAUACUUUUAUAGAAGAGAUUGCUUCCCAACAUACUUCAUCUCAUUCUCGAAUUGGACAACCACGUAAUCGUGGUAGAGCACAAUUUCAUGGUUCAACACCAUUUGGUAGUACAACAAUAUUUAUUGGCGGUGGUCAUCCAUCUAACAAUGUGAAUCAAACUAAUAAUCCAGAUAUCGGAAACUUUUUUCAAACUGUUUUUACUCAACUUGCUGGUGGUCCACAAUUUCCAUUUGGCAUGCAGAAUAGUGGCGGAGGAGGAGGAGGAACAGCAGGUUAUUUUGAUCCCACAAAUCUUGAUGCAUUUCUUACGCAAUUCCUAAAUCAAAUGGGAGAUAAUGGUGGUCCAGCACCAGCAUCUGAAAAUCGUAUCAAUACUAUUCCAACGGUGAAAGUAACUGCUGCACAAGCAAGUGAUAGUUUACAGUGUUCUAUUUGUAUGGAUGAUUUUAAAGAAAAUGAUCUAGCAAAACGUCUUCCUUGUUCACAUCAUUUUCAUGAAGAAUGUAUAUCGCGAUGGCUCCGAAUGCAUGGAACAUGUCCGACAUGUCGUGUAACAUUAGAUGGUGAUAAUACAAGUAAUCGUGAAUAUUAUAACUUUUUUCCAAAUCAAGAUCAAUCCUCAUCAACGAAUGCUAAUCGACGCAAUGACGGUGGUAAUAACGGAUCUAGUUCGACUCCUGGAUCAACUUUAUUCGAUUUCGAUUAA